AUGCUCUGCGCCACUGGCCGCCUCCUAGCGGCCCGGGCGGCGACCACGCUGUCCGCCCCGCCCAAGUCCCGGGGCUCCGCGUUCCGCUGCCGGCGGAGGGAACUACACUUCCCAGAGCACCCCGAGCUGCUCUUCUGUGACUCCUCGGCGGGGUGGCUGACGAGACCGAGCGUGCCUCCGGGCCGGAGGGCGGUCCUGAGGAGGGGGAGGAUGCCGCCGGCCAUGGGCGGAGGCCUGGCCGGGCCCGAGCCGCGUCCCCGGAGGGGCCGCAGUGCCUCCCAGGCUGCUAGGGCCGCGGGUACUGAGGCGGCGGCGCGAAGCCCCAAACGGCCUGCCCGGGGCUCGUGGCGCUUCGAGGCGGUCGGCCGGUGGGUCCCGCUGGCCCUGGUGACGCUGCUGUCCUUCGCCACCCGCUUCCACCGUCUGGAGGAGCCGCGGCACAUCUGUUGGGAUGAGACUCACUUUGGAAAAAUGGGAAGCUACUAUAUCAACCGCACCUUCUUCUUUGACGUGCACCCGCCCCUGGGAAAGAUGCUGAUCGGUCUUGCUGGCUACCUGAGUGGAUAUGAUGGUACCUUUUUGUUCCAGAAGCCUGGAGACAAAUAUGAGCACCACAGCUACAUAGGAAUGAGAGGAUUCUGUGCAUUCCUUGGUUCCUGGCUGGUCCCCUUCGCCUACCUCACUGUAUUGGAUCUGUCCAGGUCCCUGCCGGCAGCACUGCUCACUGCUGCCCUCCUCACCUUUGACACAGGAUGCCUUACACUGUCCCAGUACAUUCUCCUUGACCCCAUCCUGAUGUUCUUCAUCAUGGCUGCCAUGCUGAGCAUGGUCAAGUACAACUCCUGCGCUGACAGGCCUUUCUCUGCCCCCUGGUGGUUCUGGCUCAGCCUGACGGGCAUCAGCCUCGCUGGUGCGUUAGGUGUCAAGUUUGUUGGCCUCUUUAUCAUCCUGCAAGUGGGAUUGAACACCAUUGCAGACCUUUGGCACCUGUUUGGAGACCUCAGUAUUUCACUGAUGACGGUGGGGAAACACCUGACUGCUCGCAUCCUGUGCCUCAUAGUGCUGCCUCUGGCUCUCUACACGGCCAUAUUUGCUGUGCACAUCACAGUGCUGAAUAAAAGCGGUCCUGGUGAUGGUUUCUUCAGUUCUGCCUUCCAGGCCCGGCUUUCAGGGAAUAACCUGCACAAUGCGUCCAUCCCCGAACACCUGGCCUACGGCUCUGUGAUCACCGUGAAGAACCUGAAGAUGGCUAUCGGCUACCUGCACUCCCACCCACACCUCUACCCCGAGGGUGUCGGCGCUCGCCAGCAGCAGGUCACCACCUAUUUGCACAAGGACUACAACAACCUGUGGAUCAUCAAGAAGCAUAACACAGACUCAGAUCCCCUCGACCCUUCGUCCCCAGUGGAGUUUGUGAGACAUGGAGACAUCAUUCGGCUAGAACACAAACAGACUUCUCGCAACUUGCACAGCCACUAUCAUGAGGCCCCCCUGACCCGGAAGCACUAUCAGGUCACUGGCUAUGGAAUAAAUGGGACAGGGGAUUCGAAUGACUUUUGGCGGAUAGAGGUUGUAAACAGAAAAUUUGGAAACCGAAUCAAAGUGCUGAGAAGUCGAUUUCGCCUCAUCCAUCUGGUCACAGGCUGUGUCCUGGGCUCGUCAGGAAAGGUUCUGCCCAAGUGGGGCUGGGAGCAGCUGGAAGUUACUUGCACCCCUUACCUAAAAGAAACCCUCAACUCCAUCUGGAAUGUGGAGGACCAUAUCAAUCCCAAACUGCCAAACAUCAGCCUGGAGGUGCUUCAGCCCAGUUUUCCUGAGAUCUUGCUGGAGUCCCACAUGGUCAUGAUCCGGGGCAACAAUGGCCUCAAACCCAAGGACAAUGAGUUCACGUCUAAACCCUGGCACUGGCCUAUCAACUAUCAGGGCCUGCGCUUCUCAGGGGCCAAUGACACGGACUUCCGCGUCUAUCUGCUUGGCAACCCGGUGGUUUGGUGGCUGAAUCUGCUGAGCAUUGCUGUCUACCUCCUCUCGGGGAGCAUCAUUGCUGUAGCCAUGCAGAGAGGGGUGCAGCUGCCAGCGGAGGUCGAAGGGCUGUCCCAGGUCCUGCUGCGAGGAGGUGGCCAGGUCCUGCUCGGCUGGAUGCUGCACUACUUCCCGUUCUUCCUGAUGGGCCGCGUCCUGUACUUCCACCACUACUUCCCAGCCAUGCUCUUCUCCAGCAUGUUGACAGGCAUCCUGUGGGACACCCUCCUGCGGCUCUGUGCCUGGCGCUUGGCCAAGGGCAUCCAUGUGGUGGGAAUCCUGAGCCUGCUCCUGGGAACUGCCUACAGCUUCUACCUCUUCCAUCCUCUGGCUUAUGGGAUGGUUGGUCCUCUAGCCCAGGACCCCGAGAGUCCGAUGGCAGGACUAAGGUGGCUGGAAUCAUGGGACUUUUGAGGCUACUGUAAAGACUCCAGCCUGGCGCCAGGAACUGCCCCGGGACAGCCAGCUGUGGAGCCAAACCCUGGACCCUUCUGACUGUGGAUGAAGCCGCCUGAGGAGCUUGGAGAAUUCUGCUUCCUGCCAGGACCUGCCAGGACCAAGCUCUGGGAGUCCAACGCUGGGAGCGCCACAAUGCUGUGUGCAGCACCUGCGGGGGUGGCGUCUCAGCCCACUCCCCUGUGAGCAGGACGGGCAGGGGGCAUGUGCACAGGGUGGGAGUGCCUGGGAGAUGGUGCCCCGUGGAGUGGGCCUUGUAACUGGACAGUCAGUGGCAUAAACUCUAGAAAGCCCAGGACUGCAGUGACAUUUUCUUGUGUUCUUUCCACACUGGGUUUGCUUUGGUUUUGGUUUGUAAGACCCAUCAAAACGUCUACCUCCACCAGGGCCCCAACAGCUGAGAGUGCCGGCCCCAAGGGCAGAGCAGAUGGGACCAUCACAGUGAACCCAGCUGAGGUGGGCAAGCGCUCCGAGCCCCCAGGGACUGCUGCUCAGGGGCCUGUCUGUGGUAGACCAGAGCACCAGGCUCUGGGGAGCAGGGUGGCCGGGAAGGCGGCAGCCUCGGGUCAGCCUUCCUUAGCCCUCUGGGGGUGUCACACCGUGAGAUUGGCAGUAGGAGCCGUGUCCUGUGCUUGGCCACUCUGUAGCCCCAGGCCUGGGCAUGCUAGAGGGGACUUCUCUCUGUCCCUCAGUUUCCCCCUGCUUCUGGCCUGGCCCUGAGGCUGGCCUUUGAGGAUGCUUUUGUGACAGCUGAGCCAGCUGAGAGCGGUAGGCGCGUGGUGCAGGCUCCCUGAGGGCACCGGGGUGUGCACUGCCCCGGCCUGUCUGCCUGAACGCCACUGUCGCCUGCUGGGCCUUCCCAGUGCCGCUGCUCCAGCCCUCCCCGCGGACGUCUCCCGGCUCAGCCCUGGGGCAUCUCCCCCUCCUCUGUCACAGUUUCACCUGCCUCUUUCUCCCCGAAGACCCCAAACACCGAGAACUGAAAAGCAUGGCUGCUUCUCCUGCUUAGCGCUUUGAAGUUGAGGCCAGCUCAGCGCUCUGCUGCGCUUCCUUCCCAAAGGGAUGAAGAACACCCUUGGGUUGGGGGGAGCGGAGCCCAGGCCAGCACCCCAGCCAGCCUCCCUUGGCGCCGGCUUCGUCUCCGAGGACUCAAAGCCCCGAGGUCUAAUGAUGAGUUUGCUGCUCUCCAUCUUUCCCCUGUGCAGCUUCCAGCGACUCUUGACAGGGCCUGAGUGCUUUAAAGCGGCCGGGGAGGCGGUUGCCAUGGAGACUGGAAAUCAGUCCCAGGGACAGGUCGUGCUAUCUACUGGGCUGUGGGGAGGGAAGCUUCUGGGCCAUGCUCGGACAUUCAGACAAGCUGUCAUUAAUGUUAAUAGAGGAAACCGGCGAUGUCAAAAGCAAGGCAGCUUGGUUAAUUAGAUCUGGGGCCAGAUGACCUCCCUCUCCCACGGCUGCAGCCCUUUUGAUUUCCCCCAGCAGGAAGCCGCCUGUGCCGAGCCUGGGCUGCUUGCUUAAUUGCAUCUCUGGCAAGGAUGGAGAAGCUCUGCUCCCUCUUUUCCGCACCCCAGGCACAGCUGCUUGCUUCGACUGGGCGGGGGCCCCAUCGGGGUGAGCUCUCCUGGAGGUGGAGCACAGGAGGCCGUGCUUGGCUCUCAGCAGAGAAGUUGGCCUCCCCGACCUCCAGAGGUGGCUGAUGCUCCUUGGGGCUUCUUAUUUCCCAGCAGGAAGUUACUGGAAGGAGCAGCUCUGUGGGGCAGGCUCAGCCGGCUUCCUGGUCACCCUCCCUCCCUCCCUUCCCAGUUUGGCCACCCUGGGAGCAGCAAGAGUCCUAGGUCCGAUCUGCUGCUUUCCAGGGGUGGACGAAGGAGAAUUCUCUGCCCUCUCCCUCCUCCUCCAUGCUCUAACCAGCAGCCCGGUGCACACAGGGCUUGGAGCUUUGAGUGCCUGGCUUCUGUCCGGAGGAGGCUGCUGCUCCGGAUGGGGCUCCAGCCCCGGGGAUGAGCAGGAAUGGUAGGUGUCCCACUCCCAGCCAUGGUCAGCCCAGCCUCCAGCAGCUCCUUGAGCCACGUUUUAUUAAUAAUAAAGAGAAAAUGAAAGUUUCCAGAGAUAAGUGAAGGCCAUUGACUUUUGUAAUAAAUAGCUCUUGUUUUGAA